CUUUCCAUGAACUCGAAGGAUGUAUUUACAGGAAGGUAUUGAACGUAGGGUAACUCAAGACGGGAGGGUUAUAACGGUAGGUCAAGCAUAUGUUUGGUUAUCUAAUGCAAAAAGCAAACUGCUGGAGGAACUCGGCGGCUCAGGCAGUGCCUUACAGUGCCUCUGGCGGCUGGGCGGACCAGUGUUCAGGACGGGACGGAUGGCGUAGUGAAGGGUCAGUGCGCAUGCGUGGUCCGUCAACCCUCGUCGAAGCGAAGAGCAGAAUGGAGUUUAAGGUUUUUAAUUGACCUUGGAUAUACACACUACAAAACUUUGUGGUGAUUGAAGUAUAUGUUCAUGAGGAACUUGCAUCACGUUGCAGGGACCUGCAGUACAUUUACAUGAAUACAAUAGGUUUAACUAUUGUAAAUGUUGAAAAUCUCAUUCUCUAAUGAAGCAUCCAGGUUUAACAGUAAUUUUGAUUUUUAACUUUUGCAUAUUUGUUUGUGGAUUAUAUAAUGGCACAAAUUACAGUUCUAUCAGUGUGCGAAGGGUCAGUUCUGUGUCACGUGCAGGAUCGAAUUUCCUUUCAAACCUACCAGCACACCGUGACCUAAUAGUGAAAGAAGGAACAAGUGUGUUGAUUGAAUGCAAUGUGAACAGUAGUCAGUUUUACAACAUUCUGUGGUACAACUCAAAGGGAAGUCUCCUUAAGGAAAGCAGCAAAACAGCAGUUGGAAAAUGGCUUAUUUUAGACAGUGGAGAACUGAACAUCACCAGUGUCACAUUUGCAGAUCGAGGUCGUUACACAUGCAUCGCAACAAACUCUCAUGGAACUUUAAACUACACAGUCACUCUGCGUGUUGUCUUUACCACAGGCGAUAUGGGUAUUUAUUAUAUGAUAGUUUGCCUCGUUGCUUUUUCGAUUAUUAUGAUAUUGAACAUCACUCGCCUCUGUAUGAUGAGCAGUCACCUCAGGAAAACUGAAAAGGCAAUCAAUGACUUCUUCAAAAUGGAAGGAGCAGAAAAAUUACAGAAAGCGUUUGAAAUUGCAAAACGCAUUCCUAUCAUCACAUCAGCAAAGACACUUGAGCUGGCUAAAGUAACUCAAUUUAAGACCAUGGAAUUUGCCAGGUACAUAGAAGAACUUGCUCGGAGCAUUCCUCUGCCACCUCUUAUUUUGAAUUGCAGAGCGUUUGUAGAAGAAAUUAUCGAGGCUGUGCGGAUGGAUGAUGUAGAGCAGGCCACAGAUGAAGAAAACAAAGAGGCACAAGCAAUGGGCUGCAAUGAUGAGAUCUAUACUAUAGAUUCUGAAAUGCAACGCAGCUGUUCACCUGCAGGGGAAUCUGAUGACUCGUACAUGCAUGAGGAGUGUCAAGAGAUUGCUGUUCAAGUCUCAGUACAUUCUCAGUCAGAGAAACAGAGCAUUGACAAUCUUUCUCAAGGAAGCAGCUAAUUGGACCACUGAGGAGAAUUUGUCCAAGACACAAUAGAUGGUGUUCUUUGUGAAAGUCACAUGUAAAUUGUGCAAGUUUUCUUUGAUAUGGGUUAAUUUUGUAAAAGAAAUGUUUAGUCGCUAGAGACAAAAUAACAGCAGAAUAAUUUUUAAUAAGGUGGUAAUAUUCAAUUUGUAUUGUGUGUAAUUUCCACCAUGAUGACAGUCAUAAUACAUGUAGCAUGUGACCACUUGUACAGUCAUUGAAAAGUCUACUGCCACAUAUAUCCAAAAAUGGAUGGUAUCAGUAUAAAUGUUUUUUCUACAUUCAUAUGUAGUUGUUGUUUGAUAAUCGUACUCUAUUUAAUGGAUGUUUAGGUGAUUUAAUUAAAUUUAUAGAAAGAACAGAAUUGUAUUAUAUAGCAGCAAGUGAUUUAAUGUUGUGCAAUCUUGGAAAUGUUAGCUUGUCACUUGUAGUGAUCAAAAACUAUAAUAUGACAGAAGUUUUCAGACUUGUCAGGGGAAUGAACUUGAUGUAACCUUGAGUUUGAGUUCUCUGUGGAAGCCCCACCAACCAAAUUGUUAAUUGCAAACUUGAAAAAAGUGAUUAACUAUGACUAGCUCAUAAUUGUUGGACAGAUGUAUGAGAUAAAGUUAUAGCUAAUAAUUCCAUAUGAUUGUUUUUGAUCCAACAAAGAGGAUUGAGCUAAUAGUGUUACUUCCCUAUCAUCCAAAAAUGUAUAUUUUAAGAUAUACUUAAAUUAUUUUACUAUGUAGAAGUAUGCAAGGAUUUUCCAUGUUGAUUUUUAUAGAAUCCCUGAAUUAAAUACCUUUACUAUCUCAAGCAAGGAAGAAUUUUCCUACACUUUAUUACUCCUGUUAUCCCCUCUGUCUACCAAUUGUAGCACACUUUAGUAACAGCUAUGAUUGAAAUGUCUUAUGAACUUUAUUUAAGAAGAGUUUGUUACAAAUUUGUAUUAGUGGCAUUAAUGAAAUGUCAUGUAGCAUUCUGGUUAAAAUGCAGUGGUGCUUUAAAUUGAACUUUCAGAAACUGCAUUAGAUUGAUUUAUACCUCAACUGUUCAUUUUGCUUUAUUUCAAUGAGAGUUAAUUCGAUUAAUUCAGGUAGUAGUAUUUCAACUCGCAUUUCUGCUAGCACAAAUGGUGAUGUUUAAACGCAUCUGUGGCACAGAAUAUUAUAGGGACCAAUACAUACAAGAUUAUAUUUUUGUUUCUCUCCAUUUUCACCACAGUUACAAUUGACUCUCAUUUACAGGUGGAAUAUUUGGGAAAUUAGCUCUGUGAAAUUUCUACUUUACCCAUUUUCAAAAUGUUAACUGACUAAAUGUUUGCUGUUGGAGCAAAAAAUCUUUACGGUGUUGUAGUUUGAAAUGUAGUUCUGUUGUGAUCUGUAUUGUGAUUUAGUUUUUGUAUGAACCAUAAACUGUUGGUAGCUGAU